AUGGAGUCAGCUCUUUCAUUUGCGCAGGACGUCAUCCGAUGUUCUCUUUGUGAUAAUGCAGUAGAAUACCAUUGUACAUUAUGUCAUGUUAGACUGUGCAGCGAAUGCACAUCUAAACAUUUAUCUGACAAAAGCAAAAAACAUGAAAUUGCAGAGUUUACCAGCGAGAAAGAUACAUUAAAACGCCAUGAAUGCCCUUCUCACGAUUCAAACAAUUGUGAAAUUUACUGCAGAAAUUGCAAGAUCCCAGUUUGUUCGAAAUGCGUUGUCGGAGUUCAUAGGCAACAUGAUUUCAUAGAACUUGAUGAUUUUUUGGAGGAAAAGAAACAAGAUGUUAUUGCAGAUUUAAAUGAAAUUGAGAGUCUGUUACUACCUGAAUUCCAAAAACAGAAAGAUAUUAUGAGCGAAGAGACAAAAAAGAAUACAAUUGAAGUAAUAACCAAUCAGGAAGACUUAAUUUGCAAAGCGGUACGAGAUUUUGGAAGACAACUUAGAGAGGAGGUAUCAAAACACAAGAAAGAAAUUCAAGAAAAAGAAAAGGAAAAUAUUUCCGCUGAAAAAAGGUUUUUGGAAAGCCUCCAUAAAGCAAAGUCAUUGCUCGCAAGCAAUGACACUAAAGCCAUCUUAGGGUACAGUGGAAUAGAACAAGAGUUAAGAAUUGUCCCUCACCAGUUAGAUAAUUGCAUGCCAGUUCUAGAUGUCAAAAGAUUAGAGGAAGAGGACAUAGCUUCAUUAUUUGGAACUUUUGUAACCAACAAAAGGGAUACCAAUGAAAAUAAGAAUGAAAAUAUUGUUGGUGAAGGAAACUUUGAAGACGAGCCCUGGUUUCAUGGAUUUAUACCAAGAGAAGAAGCUGAGCGACUUCUGAAGAAAGACGGGGAUUUCUUGGUUCGAGUAUCAGAGAGUAGUUCAAAAGAGCGUUGCUUUGUCAUAUCUGCUUAUCGAGAGAAACCGGUGCAUACUAAAAUCUUACCAGAAGAUGUUGUCGAGAGACUAGGAAGAAAUUGCACUCUGGUAGACUUAGUCAACCAUCUGAAGACAACAGGAGAGCACCUUUCCUUAGCCAGCCUUGCUGUACUGCAAAACCCAGUUCCUCGGAUCAAAAGUCAACUUGAUUUCGACAAAAUCAAACUGGAUUCAAAACUUGAGAUCAAACAAAUGGGCACAUUCCAAUCUUUGGUCCAAGGAUCUUUUGGUUUUAUAAAAGUUUUCAUCAAGAAAGAUGAAGAGGAUGAAAAAAUAGUUUUUAAAGAUCUUAGUUUCUUGCGACAAUUUCACCAUCCGAAUAUAGUAGAUCUCAUCGGAUACUCAGCACUGCGGAAACCUGCUUUACUUGUCAUAGAAUAUCUUUCUGGUGGUGUGUUGCUGGGUUAUCUUAAGAAAAAGGGAGAAAUCAUUACUGUAAGAAAAAGAAUCGAAAUGUGUCUUGGGGUUGCAAACGGAAUGGCUUACUUGCAUCUCAACAAAUGCAUUCAUAGAGACCUUGCAGCAAGAAACUGUUUAGUAAGUGAAGAAGACUCUAGGGUUAAGAUCUUUAACUUUUGGAUGGCAGAAACGGGAGACGAAUAUCAUAUAAGUGGUACACAAAGGAAAAUUCCUGUGAGGUGGACAUCACCAGAGACCAUUCUCUCACAGAAAUUCACACUCUUCAGUGACAUCUGGAGUUUUGGGAUCUUAAUUUGGGAGGUCUUCUCAUCUGGACUACUACCUUACGCUGAUAUGAAUCAAAAGGAAACCGUGAAAAAAGUAACUGAAGGAUACCGCAUGCCUUCUCCGAAAGGGACUCCAAAAGCCUGUUACGAUUUGAUGUUAAAGUGUUGGGAAAAGGAACCUACUAAUCGAUUCCAGUUUGAUGCAGUGGUGGAAAAACUAAAUAAGAUUAUAAAGAAUGUUAAAUAA